AUGGAGUCCGGAGUCAAAUUCGUCAAUUCCGAGGGAACUCGAAUCAUGUCAAGGUGGAUGGAUGAACAUGGUAUGAACCCUUCCGUAGCAGAACGUAAAGAAAUCUGCAAGCUUCUUCAGGCAGCCGGGAAUGACCAUUACACACCCAAGAAUGUUUUGCAUUGGUUCAAGAAUCAACGGGCAAGAGGACCAAGGAAGGCGAGCGCUCCUGCAUCGAGUGCAAAUCAUACCACAAACCGCGAAACCACGGGUAGUCCCACAAUCUCGAGCACGGGGCUUUCCCAACCUGUUGACAAUGGCGGGGAUGGCCCAGAACUUGCUGAAAAGCUCAGCGAUUUUCAAAUCAGUGAGCUCCGGCUGCUGCUCGAGGCCACGCCCAACCCCACUGACGAGAUAAUUGCAAUAUGGGCUCGACUGUCCGGCGUUGAAAAAGGCGCAAUUGAGGCUCAUAUGCAAUCAAACAGAAUGGAUGUCGACGUGGAUUCAGAUGGGCUGGCAGAAAUUGAGCCUGUCGGUGGUCUUCCGACUCCUGCUGCGUCACCGACGGCGGAGCCUUUAGCCCCUUUGUCACCCUGCACUUUACUGGCUGCUUCAGAAGAGUAUCUGCCGCCAACGUCAAUAUCGCCACUGCCAGGCGCUUCAAUUCCUCCAAAGGCUUUAUCCAAUGAAAGCGACUUCAACGACCCACCGCCGCCACCCAUUCCGCCAGCCAUUUCUGCCGAAUCAGUUUUGAAGGUGGAAACAGGUUUGGUAUUGCAGGCUCUCGUUGAUGGUGUGCGGGAGGCGGCGGCUUCUAGUGCCGUGCAUGCACCUGCUCCGCGUUCUUUGGAAGAUUUUGACCAGCUUUGGAACACCUUCUGUUACGGUCAAGGGACGCGAACUCAAGUGAGCAUGCACGUCGACUGUAGAGUCGUGGUUCCGAGGCGAGUUCGAGGGUAUAGGCGUCUAAGAGUGCCUCACAAGAGGUAUUGUCUUUAA